CGCCCCGGCCGCCGGCCCGCCCCCCCCACUUCCUCCGGCCUCCCGCUCUCACUUCCUUCUCGAGCGCCGAGCCGCUGCCGCCGCCCCCAGCUCCCCCGCGGCGGGGAGGGCACCAGCCACUUAUCUCCAGCUUGGGGGUCAGGAUCUGCUGUAGAAGACUUGGUCACUGCAUCCAGAGGGGCCCAGAACGGGGAGGAGGCAUUGCCUCCACUGCAGCAGCUGCACCCACGAUGCAGAGCAUCAAGUGUGUGGUGGUGGGCGACGGGGCUGUGGGCAAGACAUGCCUGCUCAUCUGCUACACGACUAACGCCUUCCCCAAGGAAUACAUCCCCACAGUGUUCGACAAUUACAGCGCCCAGAGCGCAGUGGAUGGGCGCACAGUGAACCUGAACCUGUGGGACACAGCGGGCCAAGAGGAAUACGACCGCCUCCGCACACUCUCCUACCCUCAGACCAACGUCUUUGUCAUCUGUUUCUCCAUUGCCAGCCCACCCUCCUAUGAGAAUGUGCGGCACAAAUGGCACCCAGAGGUGUGCCACCACUGCCCCGACGUGCCCAUCCUCCUGGUGGGCACCAAGAAGGACCUGAGAGCCCAGCCUGAUACCCUACGGCGCCUCAAGGAGCAGGGCCAGGCGCCCAUCACACCGCAGCAGGGCCAGGCACUGGCCAAGCAGAUCCAUGCUGUGCGCUACCUCGAGUGCUCGGCCCUGCAGCAGGACGGCGUCAAAGAAGUGUUUGCUGAGGCUGUCCGGGCCGUGCUCAACCCCACGCCAAUCAAGCGUGGGCGGUCCUGCGUCCUCUUGUGACCCUGGCACUCAGCUUGGAGGCUGCCCCCUGCCCCCCCACCAGUUGUGCCUUGGCGCCUUGUCUGCCCCCAGCUGUGCCUUAAGGACUAAUUCUGGCACCCCUUGCCAGGGAGCUCUCUGAAUGCCUAUUUCUCCUUAAGGAGGCCCACAGGGAAAAGGGCUUUGGGCCCUGCCCCACUCUGCUUGGGAACCCCAGGUAUUCUCGAGAGCUCACCCAGGCCAAGGUUGGACCCCUCCCCAAGAAGCCAACCCAGUGCUCCCUCCCCACUUUCCCCUACUGACCAGCUGAUCCAGCUUUCCACACAGAUGUUGCUGCCUAUUGUGGUGCCUUCUCUCAGGUUAGGAGCACUCAGCCGUCCCUAACCUCUCCCUCGCUACUCUUCGAAUUGCUCCCCCCUCAAGAUGCUCUCUCCCUUCCCCAAAGAAAGAGCCACAGAAUCCUGAGAUGAAUGUGCCUUAACCUACCCCACGUGCCCAGGCCUUAUGCAUCCGCUGACUGACUCAGCCCCCAACCCCCCACCGGGGCUCCUGGGGGGCCUUUCCUACCCCCAUCAGCAGCAAUAAAACCUCCUGUCUCCAGUG